AUGAAUGUUUUGUAAAAAAUCGAUAUUAAAUCAAUUGGAGAUAAGAUGGCAAUUUACAUACAGGCAUCAUCUUCAUUUGGUUUUUAAUAUCUUUUGCCAUUUUUUUAUUUUUUAAAAAUUAGAUAAAUUUUUUAACAAACAAACCGAUGAAUAUGAAUACUAAAACAAAAAAAUUUUGACCUGUAACAAGAUACUCUCCUAGUAUCUAAAAAACUUGAUUAAAAUUGAAACUUUUCCAUUUUUUUAUCCUAUCUUGUACAGAACUGAACUCUGGUCUGAUCUCUCCGACGACUUUCUGGGCUGGGUUGGAGUUUGUCCUGUCUUUGGGUUGUACUGAUUUUUAGUCUUUGGGCUUUCCUUUGCUUUCUGCCGGUCUUCAAUGGCAGCAUUGAACGGGCUGUAGUCUUUUUUCGGCCACGGACUGGCCGUACUCCACUUUAUUUAGAUUUUUUUUUUUUGAAAACGUCAAGAAAAGGAUAACAUAACAACAAAAAUUUGAUUUGCCAAAAAAAAAAAAAAAAGAAAUGGUCGGUACGAAUAUUGAUUCACUCUGGUGAUGGAAUCGAACUUUCCCGCUCUCUCGGCCCAUCAUAAAAUGAAUUUUCCGUUUGUUUUUCGUGAGAAUUCUCUUAUUUGUCCAAUGGAAGACACUGAGAUCACCUUAACCCGCUUCAAGUAACCGAAAUCCACGAGUAAAUGUUCAACAACUUCAUUGAACGGAGACUCUCGUCUCUUUUUGUCCAUGGCUGGGACGAGAUCUCGAGCUAUACCUCCAUUUAGGUUCAUCAAUUCCUUUGUCAUCGCCAAAAACCUCCGUCUUGACAAGUUAGCUCUCAACUGCCAGAUCAUCGGCGGUUCAUCUUCUUCGCGGUUCUUUUUCGAAGAAUUUGUCAUCGAAGAGUUCGUCGUUCGAUUCUCUAAUUGGUCAGAUUCUGCCUUCACUUUUGAAGCUUGUCGAGUCAAGGUUACUCUGUCGUAUGAGUAAGCCACAUCACAACGGGAAAUUGAAGAGGAAGGUACUGGAAAGGUUUGGAAGUCGAGCAAUGCGGCGUUGGAGAGUUAGAAGAAGGAUUUGUUCGUGAUGGAUCCCGAGUUGAGUUGUCAGAUUAUAUUAAAGGAUUUAAACAAGAGUGCAAUAAUUUCUUAUACACCAGUUGCAAUUGCAAGGCUUCAGAAUAUUAGUCUGGAGUCUGUGUUCGCUGACCAACAAAAAUAUAACCAGAUUGUUGCACAGCCAAAUGAUUUGAAUCUUGAUGGGGAUACUUUGAUGAAAAUCGUCUCAGUUUGGAGAACAUCUCUUAGUGACUCAAAUGCUCCGAGUCAGCAGUUCUAUUUUGAUCAUUUUGGGAUCCACCCAAUAAAGAUUAUUGCUACCUUUGUUCCUGGGGAGUCCUAUUCAAGCUAUAAUUCAGCCCAGGAAGCUCUGAGAACAUUGCUACAUAGUGUGGUUCCUCCUAUAAAAAGGAUGGUUGCUGAACUAAAUGGGGUCUUAGUUAAUCAUGCUUUGGUAACAAUUAAUGCAUUUCAUGGUUUGCCAUGAAGUCCAUUUCCAUUGCUAAAGGCAGCCAAUUACUACCCCAGCUUUAGCAUUGACUUUUGAUGAGUUAGCUACAUUUUCUCUUGGUAUCCUUUUUUGAUCUUUCUCAAGGCUCGAUGAAUCCUCCUGGUUUCAAAAAGGGUAUCUUUUCUAUGUGGUUUGUAAGUUUGUUCACUCAAGUUUUCCUUUCUUGUACGGGUUCACCCCACUCUGGGAAUUAAUAAUGGCAUCUACGAUAUUUGUUUUUCAUUAUAUGGAUGCAUGAUUUGUUUGGGCAUACGAGAAGGUCAUGAUUUCUGUUAAAAUUAAGGUUUUAGAGAACAACUUACUAAUCCAUUGGAUUAGCCUGUCAUUAUAUAGACAUUAAGGAAAGGGAAUCAAUUACGAAUUACACAUUAAUGCUCUUAAUUAAUCCCUCAUUAACUGUCUCCCAUGGAAUAUUCUCAUAAUAUUCCAACUCACCCACAUGCAUACACUAACAUUCCUCGUCAAGCUAGAGCAAAUAUAUCAAUCAUGCUCAACUUGUUACAUACAGUCAGCUUGAACUCCUGGAAGUGAUUUUGUAAGAAUAUCAGCUAGUUGUUCUCCCGUGCGCAAUGAUUCAAUAAUAUUGUUCCGCUCUGUAACUUUUCCCUAAUGAAAUAACAGUCAACUUUUAUAUGCUUGGUUCUUUCAUGAAAUACUGGAUUGGAAGUAAUAUGAAUUGCCGUCUAAUUAUCACCCCAUAGCUUUGUAGGGGUUCGAACUGAAAGCCCAAUUUCAUCUAAGAAUUUAGUCAUCUAUAAUACCUCAGUUGUAGCCAAAGCCAUGGCUUUAUACUCUGCUUUUGUGCUAGACCUAGCAACUAUUGGUUGUUUCUUGCUUUUCUAAGACACCAUAUUACUCCCGAUGAAGAUAUAGCAUAACCAGAUAUAGACUUCCUAUCUAUGGAAGAGCUUGCCAAUCUACAUCUAAAUAGUCUCGAACACCUUCAUCACUAGUAGAAUUGUAGAGUAUCUCUUUUCCAAGAUUUCUCAACAAAUAUCGAAAGAUAUGCAUCAUUACUCUCUAGUGAGUAUCUCUAGGAGCUGUCAUGAAUUGACUAACCAUACUCACUGAAAAAGAUAUAUCAGGUAUCGUCAUGGUCAAGUAAUUCAGUUUUCCAACUAGUCUCUUGUAAGGUGUAGGGAUCAUCAAGUAAAGCCCUAUCUUUUGGAUAAAGCUUAAUACCUGGAUCCAUUAGUGUGUCACUCGGCUUGGCAUGGAACAAGCCUACAUCUCUCAAAAUAUCCAACACAUACUUCUUCCAAAAUACAAAGAUUCCCUUUUUACACCUUGCUACUUCAAUACUCAAAAAAUAUUUCAAUUGACCAAGAUCUUUGGUCUCAAACUGGGACUUAAGAUACAUCUUAAGUCUAUCAAUCCCUGCAUUAUUAUUGCUAGUGAUGAUGAUAACAUAUACAUACACUCCCAACAAUAUAAGGCCAGAACUUUGUCGUAUAUAAAACACCGAAUGAUCAUUCUCACUCUGUUGCUUGCCAUACUGAACAAGUGCGACACUAAAUUUGCCAAACCAUGUGUGUGGAGAUUGCUUCAGGGUAUACAGAAACCUACGCAAACAGCACACCUUUCCAAACUCCCUCUAAGCAACAAACCCUAGUGGUUCUCUAUAUAUACCUUCUCAGCCAAGCCAACAUGUAGGAAAGCAUUCUUCACAACCAACUGAUGUAAUGCCUAUUUAUGUGUAGUAGCAAAACUAAGAAAUUGGUGAAUAGAUAUCAUUUUUGUCACUGGUGAAAAAGGUAUCAAAAUAAUCUCUUCCAUAUGUCUGCACAUAUCCCUUCACUACUAGCCUUGCAUUUAUAGUUGGCUUCUAGGGCCAUCAUCUCAUCCCUCAUAGCCUUAUGCCAUCCUAAAUUUGCAAAAGCAUCACGAAGAGUACGUGGCACAAUAAUAGCAUCAAUUGUGGCAAUACAACUCUAAAAUUGAGUAGAAAGUCCUUUGUACGAAGGUGUAUAUAAAGAAAAAUUUUUGCAAGUUCACGUACUUUUUCCUAGAGCAAUCUGUACAUCUUUUGCCAUAGUGUCUCGAUGUGGAUCCAUCGACAGAGAGACUAUCUCGAUAGGGAAAGUUUCUGCAGGCGAAUAUAUGCAGGUCCUUUUAUCUAGUGUACAUACGACCAAAUAAAGUAUCGGGGCAUGCUGUAAAAGGAGAUGCAUUGACUGGUGUACUAUGUAUCUUAUAAAUGAGAAAAUUUUUUUUUUUUUUAAUAUGAUAGGUGAUGGAUGAGAUUGUAGUACCGAAAAAAAAGGAAUCGACUCAUGAAAUGCAACAUCUAUCAAAAUAAUAAAACGACCUUGGUCUAGAGAGUAGCAUCGAUACCCUUUUUGGACAGGUGAACAAUCUAGGAAGGUGCACUUAAGGGAACAUGGUUCUAAUUUAGUGCGACCCGGAUACGUGUCAUGAACAAAACAUGUGCACCAAAACACUUUGAGGGAGAUUGGAAAUAAGGGAUGAUUAGAAUACAAUACUCGAAAAAUAAAUUUUCUUUCAAGGAUCGAGGACGGUAAACGAUUUAUCAGAUAGCUGUGCUCACUCCAAAAUACCUUUGGGACCUUCAUUUGAAACAAAAGAGCUCUAGCCAUUUCCAACAAAUGACGAUUCUUCCAACUCCAUUUUGCUAUAGGUAUUUGUACACGAGGAUUGAUGAAUAAUACCUUUUGCAUUUAGGAAUUGAACAAACUUUAUAGAAAAUUACUCUAUUCCAUUAUCACUUCAUAAAAUUUUGAUAGACUUAUCGAAUUGAUUCUCUAUUUUUGCAUGAAAGGUGGUGAGGACAGAUAAUAAUUCGAAGCAGUUUCGCAACAAAUACAACCAACAAACUCGUGAAUAAUUAUCAACAAAUGUCACAAAAUAUUUAUAAUUAGAUUUCAAAAUAAUAGGACAAGGCUCCCACACAAAAUGAAUCACGGCAAAAGAAAACUUUUCUUUUUUAUUAAAUCGAGGUCGAUAGGACACUUUGUACAGUUUGGCAAACUUGCAUGAUUCACAAUCAAAAUUAAAAGACGAUAAAUGGGGACACAGUUCGUAAAGUUGACAUGGAUGGAUGACCAAAACGACAAUGAGACUCAUAAAUUGAUGACAAUUCUCCUGAGCAUGUCAUUAGUCCAGACUAUAUCUUCUGUAUAUCAUCAAGCACAUAAAGACUUUCGAUCCUUCCCCUACCAAUAGUCUGUUUCGUCAAUAGACCUUGAAAAACACAAUAAGUAAGAAAGAAGGAGACACUACAAUUCAAAUUUCUUGUAAUCUGACUAAAUGAAACUAAGUUAAAAAGAAAAGAAGGGACAUGCAACACAGAAUUUAAAGGUAACAUGGAUAUAGGUGGAACCUUGCCACUUCUCACAAUAUCUAUAGAGUUUCCAUCAGCAACCAAAAAAGAUUGUUCUCCCGUCAUAAGAGUAUAUGAAUAAAGAGUACCUGUAGUACCUGUCAUGUGAUAUGAAACUUUUGAAUUAAUUACCUAAGUCAUGGAGGGGGUAGCCAGGCAUGCAGUAGAUUUACCUUGUAUAAAAGUUAUCGGAAAGGAGAUCGAAGUUUGAUUCUAAAGCAUCGAAAUAGACUUGUCAUACUCAACUAGUGAUAACUGAACUCCCUUCUCUUUUGCUAUUGGGGCUAAAGCGUAGCAUCAGUUACAUAUGUCGCUGGUGGGCCAAAAUUACCCCAAAGAUGCGGACAAAGAUUUCGUGUCUUUGUUGUACACAAUGAUAGCGGGACCGUGGAUCUCCUCUACCACUUUCACGUCCUCUACCUCGUCUACCAUGUCCUUGGCGUGGUGUUCCCCCUUUCACAUUAUAGGGCCACAAAUACUGUCGUCUUCCUGUGGAGUAUCAUGCUGGGUGACCCUAUUCAGGCACUUAUAAGCAUCCAGUAAAGAAAAUGGAUCUCUGCCUACUAACAUCUGAGUACUAGCACUAGCAUACUCUUUCCUCAAUCUUGCUAAGAAAAACACUACAGUUAGAGCCUCUCAUUGCUCUUGGUUUGUCUUUAGAUAGGUAGACAAUGGCAUGAGUUCAUUAAACUUGUCAUAUAUGUCCUUGAAGGUUUGUCUUCAGAUAGGUAGAUAAUGGCAUAAGUUCAUUAAACUCGUCAUAUACCUCAUUGAACACAACAAAAUAUUCCCGUAGGCUCCUAUCGGAUUACUCCAUUCUAGUCCAUGCCCUGGUAACAUAUGGAUUCUCUACCAAUUCUUAGAAUUUGCAUAAACAAUUUUUAAAGCAUCCUAAAGUUCUUUACUUGUGAGGUAUUAUUUUGAACAUUAUCUUUACUUGUCAUUCCAUCGAGUUGAACAAUUGUCCAAGUACUUAAUUGUCUUCUCGCUCCCACGUUGCAUACUCUAAGCUUUCCUUUGUUGGUUGCUCACUUGUCAAAAACUGAGCCUUUCCAAGACCUCGUAAGGUCACCAACACAGUCUUGCUCCAUGACAAGUACUUGGAGCCAUCAAGUUUUUCAUCCGACAGCCAUGAGCCCAUGAUAGUCUCCUGAGUUAUAACCUUCAAUGUGGUUGCUUCUUUCUGGGCCAUGGCCACAGUACUUUCUUCCUCUAGAACACAACUAGUAAUCCUUCAAUCAGGGAACACAACCCCUAAUCAACAAUUAGGAACUUUGUCCCUAGUUCUGCCGCCAUGCUUUACACCAAAGACUUAUCUCCCUUAAUCUAUCAUUCAUGAAGAGGUUGUAACUCCUUGUUGCCUUUAAGCAUAAGGGGGUAACUCUUUUCAACUAAUGAGGGAUCGCCAAAAAAGAAGGAAAGGUUUUAAGUACGUAUAGGGUUGUGGGAUCAAAGUCUGUAAUAGUAACGGUUUGGAUGACAAUGUAGGGUUUAUCGCAUAAGGGUUUGGGGAAAGAGAGACAAAUAAGGGGACGACAGCGGCUAGGAUUGCGUUGUUGGCUCUGAUACCAUGUUAAAAUUAAGGCUUUAGAGAACAACUUACUAAUCCAUUGGAUUAGCUUUUCAUUAUACAGACAAUACUAAAGAAAGAGAAUUAAUCACAAAUUACACAUUAAUGCUCCCAAUUAAUCCCUCCUAAAAUGUUUCUCAUGGAAUAUACCCAUAAUAUUCCAACUCACACACAUGCAUAAACUAACAAUUUCCAGAUUGUAGGCUCAGGAACUGCACCAUUGAAAAACUAGUUGGUAAUUUCAUUUUCCAUGUUUGCACUAAGAGUAAGAGAAGUGUAAAAGGUUCAUAGCUUAGUUCAGGGUACUUUUCUUUUUAAGGUUCUAUUUUCAGAUAUAUUUAUGUUAGUCAUAUAUUAUGAAAGAGUUAGCCUCACAAACCAAUCCUACUUCUUGUCUUAAUUGUGGUUAUUUGUAAGUUGAGAUAUUUUAUUUCUGCUUUGGGCAUCAUGCACAGGUACCUUCAAAUUCAUUAGUAAAUGUUUUAAUGGUAAAGGGUCUUAAGAACAAAAUAUAUCUAGUUAGGAAUAUGAUCUAGGUAAAAUUGUAAGUAUUCUAUACCCUCAAUUAGGAAUAUGAUUUUUUUCUAGUUUUCUCUGCAAUUACCUAAGCUAUUUCUAUGCCAACUCCGCAGCUGACAACAGUGGGGUCUAAUGUAGUCUUUGCUACUGUUUUUGAAAUAUCUGACUCUGUUCUUAAGGGGGCAGAAACAAGUGGUUUCGACGUGAUGCUAACAGUCAAUCUGUCAUUUUGAAUAUGUUUUCAUAACACAACUUUUCUAGUUUAUUUUCUAGCUAUUACUUAAAGAUUGGAGAAAUACAGUAUAACUUUAAUUGUUAAAACUGACAGUUGACUGUUUAUAUUAAUCUCAAGGUGAGUGGUUUUCAACAAGGAAUCACUCUUGGGUACACAGCUUUGAUGAGGGGUGGGCCAGACAGCAAAAUCAAGCUUGAUAGGAGCCCUGGGGUUG